CGGCCACGCGCGGCAGGAGAGGUCGAGGAGAUACGGAGGUCGGCGGGUGUCCCGAAGAGGCCGCCGUCGCAUCUCCGGCCGUCCGCGAUAGCCCUGUACGGCGGAAAACUACUAGUCCGCCGUCCAUCGCGGGGGGCCGCCGGCGCGGCAGACCAGAGCUCCUGCGGCAUCCAAUCUCUGCCCAUCAAAUUAGUGCUCGUUGCUCGGUAUGCUAGCACUGAGGACAACCUUAUAUUCAGUGAUACUUUGAUAGCUCUACAGUUGAUGCGCACACAGUUCCCAAAGCUAGAGAAGGUUGUAACACAGCCUUUCAUUUUACAGUCCCAAUUGUAUAGCAGCGUGAAGGACAGGACACAAGUUGAUAGAGAUUUGGAGUCACUGAAGAAAGACAGAGUACUCCGUGUAUUCAAACUCAAUACUGGGCAGGAUGACCAUGCAAUCAUGUUCAUGGAUGAUUAUCUUAAACAGAUGGAAUCUGCUGUCAGGAGGUCAACGGGUAAAAACAAAGAUGGUAGUGAAGUGUUUGAUUGGUUUGAGAAAUAUGUUCUGCGUUCGAAAUUGGAUGUUAGCAUUGAUCACCUAGAGCUGUGCUCACUGUUAUCACAUGGUGGUGAUGCAAGAGAUAAACAUAUCACCUUAUUGAUGAAUGCUGGUCUCCUGACACGCCAACUAAUAGAUCCAAACAUGUACUGGUUUUCUAUUCCAAGUAUUGGUCCUAUCUUGAAAGGCCUAUCCCAGGAAAAGGUGUUGAAGUUCCGCAAGGAGCUUUCUAUCAGCCUCCUCCGUCACAAUUUGAACAAGAGAAACCUUCCAUGCCGAGCAGCCGAGGAGGAGGAGGAGGAGGAGGAGGAGGAGGAGGAUGAUGAGGAGGGUUUUGUCAGUCACCAGGAAACGAGCAUGGACGAAUCUCAUGUCCAAGAUGCACGGGAAGAGGGGAUGGAAGAGACACAGAACAACCAGGUCGAACCUCAGGUCGGACCUCAGGUCAGUGGCCAGGAAGAAAGGAUGGAGAUCACACAGGACAACCCCGAAGAUGACCAAAAUGCGGAAGAUGCACGGGAAGAGAGGAUGGAAGAGACACAGAACAACCAGGUCGAACCUCAGGUCAGUGGCCAGGAAGAGACGAUGGAUUUUGAUCCAGGCAGUGACCAGGACAACUCCGUUCCUCGCCCCGAAGAGAUCACACCUCAUGCCCAUCACCUGGAAGAGCAAAAUGCAGGGGGCUGUCAAGAGAUCACACAGGACAACCCCGAAGAUGACCACCAAAAUGUGGAAGACCCCAAACCUCAUGUCUCUCAGAACGAACCUCAUGAUGACCACCAAAAUGCGGAAGACCCCAAACCUCAUGUCAGUUGCCAGGAAGAGAUCAUGGGUGUUGUCUCUCAGAACGAACCUCAUGAGAGCAUGGAUGUUGUAGAUGUUGUCAGUAACCCGAACAACUAUGUUCCUCACCAGGAAGAGACCAGGCAGGACAACCCUGAUCUUGACCUGGAAGAGAGAACACAGGACAACCCUGAUCUUGACCUGGAAGAGAGAACACAGGACAACCCUGAUCUUGACCUGGAAGAGAGCACACAAUCCCCCAAUUCAUCAUUAGCAGAUACACCAGUUCUGAAACCAGGCAGGAGGAUAUGUCUUGCUCCUAUCAAGUUUAAUGAUGUUGUUACUUUUGACGAACGUCAAUUCUUGUCUUCUAUCAGUUGUGACGAGGUCUACAAAUUAGUCAAAGCAGAAUGCAAUGAGACUGAGCUGUUGAAUGUGUGUGGGACUAGCAUCAAGGGGGGCGAACUUGUAAAGUUCUUUGAGGAAGGUGACAAUGGCCUGGGUGACAAUGGCCUGGGCAUUAUCAAUGCAUUUGUCAAAUGCCUCAAGGAUGACGAUAAGAGUAACGGCUACAUCAAACACAGAAUAAUUAUCCCUCCACAAGACUUGACCAGCGAUGGAGUUCUAGAAAGUAUUGCGAAAGUGCUUGCUGAUCAGGGAAUCAGACGUGAUGAGAGAAUCAGACCGGGAAAACCAAAGCAAAUAGAGCAGAUUUUCGUAUCUUCUCCUACCAUUCACCAGCAAGAAUGGUUUGUAUAUUUUGUCGAUGUUAGGAUGAAAGACCAGAUCUCUGUCGUGCACUGCAGCUUAUCGAAACAUGCUAAUGUGAUGGAAAACAAUGCUACUGUGAUGGAAAACAAUGCUAAAAUAUCCGCGGACCAGCUGGGCAAAGCCUUUGUGCAACAAGGCUGUAUCUCGCCAUUUUCUGAAAUCGCCAAAAUAAGGGUGUCGUUUACUUCUGUCAGUGCCAAGUUAAGAUACAGUGGUUUAGCAUCUAUGCUUGUCCUUGAGCGGUACAGUGGAUCUCAGCACGCCACGGAUGAUUUUUUUUUUUAGUAAUUCAAUAAGAAGUCAAAAAUUUCUGAUUCUUUUUUAAAAAACUUGACCUUUCAUUGUACUCGUGAGAAAAGUUCCACAAAAAGAAAAUUACUCUUUGACUUGUUUUCAAA